GCGGUGGCGAACAUGUUCGUGCUGGGGCUGAUGAUGACGAUAUGGAGCUCGACGAGCAAGCCGAGAUCAACCUUGCCACUGCAGGAGAGGCUCUCAUUGAAGCCAAGCGUGCAGCGGAAGGUGAUGCCAGCAAUGAGGAAGCUGCCCUUCAGAUUGCUGCGGCGAAGCGAGUCCUGCGAGAACAGCUUGCCUCAAUACGCAAGAAGCGAGCCCGUGUUUAAUAAUGUUGGAGCUGGUCCUGUCAGUGUGAUGAUUGACAGCAACUCUGAUUUCUGGCAGGACAAUGCGAUUGACGUCGACUGGCCUGAUCUGGGAUUUGCGGUGCCUACGAUUCAGCACCAUCGGGUUUUCCAGGACAUCAGGGAGGUGAUCGACUCAUUUGGCCUCAGGACGAGCGUGGUCAUGCUGACCGCGCACGCGCACUCGCUCUGGGAGAAGCUGUUCGUCUCCCAGGUAGUCAGGAGCUGGAUGCCCCUCAACGCGAUGUUGGAGUUCAACGUCUUGAGCGCCAGCCCCCUGAUGAAGUGUGCAGAGUUGAUGUGGUGGCACAGCAGCAGGAAG